AGCCUCUUCCAUAAUUCCUUCCUGAUGUGCCGUGCCUGCGCCCGCUCCCAACAGCUCCGUCUCCAGCUCGACCGAGGGGUACCAACGGUCUCGACUAAGGGCAGUAGAAGUGGGUCGAUAGCCUCUGAUUGUUCUUCAGUGGUGUCCAGUACUAAGGCGUCACCUACUGAUUCCUCGACGGCGCCAUCAACCCCGUGUUCGGUCGAAGCUCCACCGAUGAAGGUUUCUGUGGGCUCCUCCCCUACUACUACCAUCCCUAGCACCACGAGGCCUCUCUGCGCGUAUUUCAAGAACGACAGAUGCCGCAUGGGAAAUGCAUGCCGAUUUGCGCACUCAUUGAAAGAGCACAAGAACCCGAGGUUGAUUUUGAUGAGGAGAUUUCCCCAAUGCCAGCAGUCUGUCGGCCAGAGUCCCUAUGUGGCCCAGCCGACGGUUGUGCCCAAUCCAUGUUACGCUUAUGUGGCUCCCCCUGUACAGCAACCUUAUGAAGGACCAGCCUUUUCUGUAGCCAGCCCCAAUGGGCCUAUGGCCGUGCCGCCGCCACCACAGAUGUAUUAUUACUACCAACCGGCCGCUCAGGCAGCGCCUCCUAUGUAUUACGCGCCAGUUAUGGUACAGAAGUCCCCCGAGGGCCCUUCGGUGGCCCCUGUAGUCGAGAAUCAUUAAUAUUAUGACUUUCUUGGGGGAGUUUGUCAUGCCCUCGUUCCCCUAGGGUGUAUAAGCGUUCCCUUAGCGAGUUAGUACAAUUCCUCGUGCCUGGUGGUGGACCUGCCACCUCGAGGCAGAUGUGAAACGCUCUUAUUUGCAGAGCAUUCUCGCUGCUACACUAUUUAUGCUACUUGGCGACCUCUGGUAAGACUCCCCUUCUCUGGUUGUUCCUUCCCUACUGAUCGUCGUUCACUACUGAUUCUCGUAAUUGUUGUUUUGACGUAUAAUUCUUCCCUCCCUAUUCUGGACGUUAUAUAGAGUGUGCUCUUUGUGUCGGAUUGUUUGUAAUUCUUCAUCACACUGUGUGUCGUACUAUUCUUACUGAUGUUCCUACUACAAGUCCAGGUAGCUCCUCGAGCAAGGCAUUGCCUAUCACAUCGCGGUUCCGUCUUCCGUGAUGGUGUACGGUUGUGUAGGAAA